CAUCAAACGAACACAAUGGCGGCAGGGUCUGAAGGCAUGGAGCGAAUGCUCCCGGAAUUACGCCCGAACAGAAAGCACCCUCGGAGAUCUAUGUGUGCCUGCACUGCAUAUAGCUGCAACAAACUUCUGUUGUUUCUCUACACCUUAGUUUUCGUGUGUGUUGGAAUUAUCUUGUUGGGUAUCGGGAUUAUCGUGGAAGUUCAUCGACAGGACAUCCAGUCAGUAAACAACCGACUUGCACUUCCUGUUGCUCUCCUGAUCGUGGUGGGGCUUCUCAUUGCCAUCAAUGCUUUCUGUGGUCUUGUUGGAACCGUCACCGAGAACCCAACUUUACUCAAAGUGUUUCUGGUGGGGACCAUCAUUGCCUUCCUCCUCCAAGUUUCCAUCGGAAUAGUGGCAUAUGUGUAUAGAGAGAAAGUCCCCGACAUCCUCAGUGAUGAAUUGAUGUUUGGUGUGGAGAAAUAUACAGAGAACGAUGACAUUGCCCGGGCCAUGAACUUCAUACAGAAAUCUUUCAAAUGUUGCGGCUUCAAGACGUUUGAGGACUACAUAAAUUACAACAAAGACUUUUCUUGUGUGUCUCCUAAACCCAUGGCAUGUGGCGUCCCCUAUACCUGCUGUAAAGUAAGGGAGAAUGUUGCCCUGCCCAAGACGUGUGGCUACGGGGUGAUGGGGAAUGCUACACUGAGUGACGUCAUCUACACGGAGGGCUGCACCGACGCCUUCCUCAACUGGCUGGCCAGUCAUCUGGACUACGUGGGUGCCACAGCUCUGGGGUGUGCCAUCCCACAGAUAUUCGGGAUGCUGCUGGCCUACUUCUUCAUCCGCCGCGUCGGUGACCUGAGGGUGUGGUACCGGGUGGACAACUUCCGCUCCGGGUAGCCCGCCCCCGCCCCCCCUUACAGCUCUAGUCAGCACCGCAUCCACACAGACGUGCCCAUGUACCUUCACAAAUAGGCCAUAAUCUCAUACUGUCAUGUCCAAGUAACACUACAAGCUUCAGCCCUCACUGAGGUGUAUCACGUAGCUGUGCAGUGUUGACGUAUCAGGGUACAUGUGGUACAAAUCGUGUAUCAGGAGUGUCAUAAAGUAAUAGCGUGGAUAGCCACUAUCAGGGAGCACCAUUCCACACAGCGAUCUUAACGCUAUGUCAUAAGUCAUUGCUAAGGCAAGGAGUUAUGGUUGUCUUAGCGCUGAGAUUGUUUGGUGGAAUCUAUUAAAACAGUAACUACUACGUUAGAUUAGAAGUGAAACAAAACCGUAACUGAUAUAGACUUCAAAGUAGACACAAUUUAUGGAUAACAACUUCUUUAAUUCCUGUAACAGCGACGUUGACAACGGUAUAAGGAUCUAUACCGAAACGUCAACUUUACAGUUGUUAAAGAAGUUGUCCAUAAAUUGUGUCUACUUUGUCAUCCGUCAUCUUCUAAGUAAUGCCUAUUGAACAAUUGAUAUAGACUAUCCAGAAAUGUAAACCUCAUUUGAAUACACUUGUACAGUUUCACUUUUUGACUGUCUGGGUAUAUCAAAUUUCAUCUCACAUCAACUUUUACCAGGUGAGAGGAGAAAGGCAUUCAAGGCCUUCCCUAAUUCCCAGUCCUAAACUGUCAAGCCAGAGAUUUAGGUUGGUGCUUAUUAUUAUCGACCUUGCACUGUUGUCAUGCUGAUCCAGAUAUGGAGAACAUAUCGCUUUAAGGUAUCCAGUCACUCGGUUAUUUAGUACCCAGAAAUAUACCAGAAAUAUUGAUGAAAAGUUUGUUCAAUAAAUUAUUUUAUGAAAAUAAUGAGUAAUAUUUUUGCAAAACAAAUUGGAAAUUAGUCGUAACAUAUAAAGUCGCCUUGUACAUAGAGACUCGUCCCCUGUAUGUUGUGAUAUUUCUUUCAUAUAUUAUGCAAUACUCAAUAUCGGUAUUAAAGGUAUACUGUCCUAGUUACGUACACUGUACAUUCAGGCUAUGUUGAGUUAAUGCAGGAGCACAUUAAUAGUGAAUGCAAUGUGCAUGGACACAAUAUGUCAAUUUUCUUAUACCAUGUAUUUCAUCACAACAUAUUUCAUACUGUUAUCAAUGCAUUAAGAUAUUUAAAUGGUUUUUUUACUCUUUCUACGAGGUAUAGACUAACUUCCUUAUGAAUACUUCAAGGAGGGUUCCACAAGACAUGUUUGAUGUAUCAAUUUACUCUCAAUGGGCGUCCAUCUUUUUCAGAGACUGUAACUGUACAAGUAUCAUUCAGAUUAUUUCAUUUUUUGAAGCUAGAAUGAGCGUCAUUCAGAUCAUAUAAUUUAUCAAAGCUUUAUCUCACCAUGUGGGUCGGUUAACACAUGCCUCCUGAAUUUAUUUUCAUUAAGAUCAAUAAUUUUUGGUCCUGUCUGGUAAAAAGUCCAAUGUUUGUAUAAUUACCAUGUCAAGAUUUAAAGAUUUGUAAUAAAAGGGGUAUCUUUGUUUGCCUGGACUGUACCAUCAUGGUUGCUAAUCGGUUUGAAUUAGUUUGAGAAAAAUCAGUUCUGAGUUGAGUUGGAUGAUAUUGGAUUGCACCGUGACAGUGGAGUGGAGAUAUCUGCAGGUGUACCCCCAGUGUAGACCCUCACUCAGCUGUGACAGUGGAGUGGAGAUAUCUGCAGGAGUACCCCCAGUGUAGGCCCUCACUCAGCUGUGACUGUGGAGUGGAGAUAUCUGCGGGUGUAGACCCUCACUCUGCUGUGACUGUGGAGUGGAGAUAUCUGCAGGAGUACCCCCAGUGUAGACCCUCACUCUGCUGUGACUGUGGAGUGGAGAUAUCUGCAGGAGUACCCCCAGUGUAGACCCUCACUCAGCUGUAACAGUGGAGUGGUGAUAUCUGCAGGAGUACCCCCAGUGUAGACCCUCACUCAGCUGUGACUGUGGAGUGGAGAUAUCUGCAGGAGUACCCCAAGUGUAGACCCUCACUCAGCUGUGACAGUGGAGUGGAGAUAUCUGCAGGAGUACCCCCAGUGUAGACCCUCACUCUGCUGUGACUGUGGAGUGGUGACAUCUGCAGGAGUACCCCCAGUGUAGACCCUCACUCAGCUGUGACUGUGGAGUGGAGAUAUCUGCAGGAGUACCCCAAGUGUAGACCCUCACUCAGCUGUGACGGUGGAGUGGUGAUAUCAGCAGGAGUACCCCCAGUGUAGACCCUCACUCAGCUGUGACAGUGGAGUGGAGAUAUCUGCAGGAGUACCCCCAGUGUAGACCCUCACUCUGCUGUGACUGUGGAGAGGAGAUAUCUGCAGGAGUACCCCCAGUGUAGACCCUCACUCAGCUGUGACAGUGGAGUGGUGAUAUCUGCAGGAGUACCCCCAGUGUAGACCCUCACUCUGCUGUGACUGUGGAGUGGUGAUAUCUGCAGGAGUACCCCAAGUGUAGACCCUCACUCAGCUGUGACAGUGGAGUGGUGAUAUCUGCAGGAGUACCCCCAGUGUAGACCCUCACUCUGCUGUGACUGUGGAGUGGUGACAUCUGCAGGAGUACCCCAAGUGUAGACCCUCACUCAGCUGUGACAGUGGAGUGGAGAUAUCUGCAGGAGUACCCCCAGUGUAGACCCUCACUCAGCUGUGACUGUGGAGUGGAGAUAUCUGCAGGAGUACCCCCAGUGUAGACCCUCACUCAGCUGUGACUGUGGAGUGGAGAUAUCUGCAGGAGUACCCCCAGUGUAGCCCCUCACUCAGCUGUGACAGUGGAGUGGAGAUAUCUGCAGGAGUACCCCCAGUGUAGACCCUCACUCAGCUGUGACUGUGGAGUGGUGAUAUCUGCAGGAGUACCCCCAGUGUAGACCCUCACUCAGCUGUGACAGUGGAGUGGAGAUAUCUGCAGGAGUACCCCCAGUGUAGACCCUCACUCAGCUGUGACAGUGGAGUGGAGAUAUCUGCAGGAGUACCCCCAGUGUAGACCCUCACUCAGCUGUGACAGUGGAGUGGUGAUAUCUGCAGGAGUACCCCCAGUGUAGACCCUCACUCAGCUGUGACUGUGGAGUGGUGAUAUCUGCAGGAGUACCCCCAGUGUAGACCCUCACUCUGCUGUGACAGUGGAGUGAUGAUAUCAGCAUGAGUACCUCCAGUGUAGACCCUCACUCAGCUGUGACUGUGGAGUGAUGAUAUCAGCAUGAAUACCCCCAGUGUAGACCCUCACUCAGCUGUGACUGUGGAGUGAUGAUAUCAGCAUGAAUACCCCCAGUGUAGACCCUCACUCUGCUGUGACAGUGGAGUGGAGAUAUCUGCAGGAGUACCCCUAGUGUAGACCCUCACUCAGCUGUGACAGUGGAGUGAUGAUAUCAGCAUGAGUACCUCCAGUGUAGACCCUCACUCAGCUGUGACAGUGGAGUGGAGAUAUCAGCAUGAAUACCCCCAGUGUAGACCCUCACUCUGCUGUAGUAUGCAACCUGAUCACAUGUCCAGUGUCUCUUGUCCAUCCAUCGGUCCAUCUGUCCGUCCACACACCUUUACACAUUUUGGCCAUCUUUCUCAAGCUUUGAAAUAUGUAUUUGGCAUUCUCUUUGAUAUAACAAAUUUGCUUGUCAAAUUUCCGUGGAUGCUUGAAGUUUCUGUGUGCAGUACGCAGCUUACAGUAAAUUCAUUCGUGCGAGAAGUAAAUACUCAAAAUGACAUUGUGUUCCUCUGGGUCAUUUCUCUCGUUUAUUUGUGUUUAUUCUUCGACAGCAUUUCAUUCGAGAUGUUAUAUUACAUGAUACAAAACUGGAUGUAAACAUAACAGUGAUAAAGUUUAAAGAACUGGAACUUAUAACAAACACUCUACAUUCUGUGUAAUUAACAGUUUUGUGUUUCCUCUUGAAUUACUGACACAAUUAAGUUGUCAAGGGUCAAAGGAGACAUAUAGUUCCAUCUCCAUCACCGAGAAACUGUCACAUGUAUGACAUGUGCUUAGAUCUCUCAAACCAUGACAACGAAAAAAACCUUAGAAGUUCAAAACUUUUGGACAUUUGUACGUUAUCUUGUGUUUACUAGAUAUUUAAUGAGAAAAUGUCAUUAUGUUAUCUAUAGUUACUAUUCUCUGAGAUAAUAUUAAUGAAUCCUGUUCAGCAUUUGCCAAGUUUUAUUGUUUGAUAAUGAUUUUGUGCAUAAUAUUUAAACUUUUAGAUAAAAUAUUUCUACAAGCUUUUUACUUUGUUUUACCAUUGAUAUUUUGUUUGUGGAAGUUGUUGGGUUUUUUCCUUGACUGGAAGAACAGCAAGUAGAUCUGUCUUGUUUUUUUAACUGCUUCCAUUUUGAUUGCCAUAUUUACAGUAUAGUUUGGUGUGCUCGCCAUUUGAAUUUUUAGCUCACCUGACUCAAAGUCAAUAAACUUUGUUAAUUUGUUGUCAAGGAUGUGCUUGUUCAUUUCAGUGUAAGGAUAUAUUGAAUUAGGGAGCUUAUGUUUUGUAUCACAAGGUCAGAUGGGUCAGUAGAUGCUACAGGCCUAAUUAGUGCUAGGAUUAUCUAACUGCUCUAAUACAGAUUUAUGGUCGUACUACAGCUGACAUUGUACAACUAGGUCAGCUGACUGACCUCCUCUACAACUAGACUUUAAUUAAUUGAUUUUGUUUAAAAUCCGAUGGAGCAAGUGGUAAGAUAGAAAUAAUAGAAAACAAAACAUUUGUUAUUUCUUUAAAGAAGUAUUUUGGGAAAGUCAAGUCAAUUGUUUUCAUCACUGGAAUAUUUUGUUCACAUUGACCAAACUCUGCCAGUAACCAACACCAAUACUCCUGAAGUCAACAAUAAGUUUAUGAGGGUAAAAAAAAAGAGGGGGGGGCUGUCUGGUAGCCUAGUGGUUAAAGCGUUCACUCAUCACGCCAAAGACCUGGGUUCGAUUCCCGACAUGGGUACAAUGUGUGAAGCCCAUUUCUGGUGUCCCCUCCGUAAUAUUGCUGGAAUGUUGCUAAAGGCGGCGUAAAACCAUACUCACUCACUCAUUAUGAGGGUAAAAGCAGUCCAUAUGUGCAUUCAUGAGUCUUACGUUGUAAUAGACAAACAAGAAAGGACUUAUUCAACUAGAAAAAUAUUUUUGUUUUUAUUAUUAUUUACUUUUGAUGAGUUGCAUUUUGGAAAUCAAUUUGUGAGCACAAUCAUUUUAUUAUAUUCGUUUAUGUACUUGCGUAAACAUUUCUGGUCGAUUGUUUGAACUGAAGUACAUACGCUGUUGUUAGUGAGACAACCGGUAUAUAGCAUUGGACACAAUGUAGUCCUUUUGUUUAUUUUGCAAUCAUUCUACAUUCCUAUUAAAGGAAAUAUAUAUCUAAGUACAGCUUUUUUACUAAUGACAUAAUUCUAUUUUGAUUACAUGCAUAUUUAUGUUUGCCAUGUAUUACAUAGUAUAUUUUUUAUGUCUUGUUUGGGAUUGAGUUGUGGUUAGCCAUUCCUCUACUGUGGGGGGCGCACAAAACGGUUGACAGUGUAGGUUGUGUUUAGAAGACGAUCUGGCAUUUGAUGGGAUUUUCCGACCAGCAAUCUUCUUCAUUAUUUAAAUACUCAAACACAGAAGUAACUGAUAAAGUUGUCAGGUAUCAUUUUGUGAAUUUUAGAAGCACACAACUCCAUACUCACUUUUUCUCCUUGAAGAAUUCAUGUGCCUUUGUUUAAUUAUGCUUUAUAAUAGAACCAACAAGAUUUAUAAAAUACUUAUUAUUUUAGAAUAGUAUUCCAUUAUUGAUUAUAAAGUGAGAAAUAAAGUAACAGUUUUUAAUAAACAGGGAUUGGAUCAAGAACAAUCAAAAAAGGACUGGAUCAAAAACAUUCUGAGAACAAUAAGACUUAUGCCAUAUUUGAUUUUUUUUAUUUAAAUCCUAUUUUUAGUGAUGAUGUACUGCUGUUUUCAUGUGAGUGAUGCUUUAAGUUUUAUGAGUUAACUAAGAUCUCCUCGUGACAUAAUGUAAGACUAAAUAUAAUGUACUAUUAUAUAUUAAGUACUGCACAACUUUCAUUAUCAUAGGAGCUAAGCGGUUAAGAAAUAAUAACAGUUCAUGUAAUAGUUUGCUGAAGUCCUUGUCACGUCUUCUUGCCAUAACAUUUCAUGAACUCUGGUCACCAUAUUUCUCUUAUUGUACAUUUGUAUAACAUCCUGAGUGUAUACUUCGUCUUUACCUGUAGCUUGCCAUGUGCAAUAUUGCUUGUAGGGUAGUGAAGUGAGUUGCCCAGUGAGACAUGAUUAUUGUUGAAGUUAGGUUGACGAUGUUGUGAGUUAGCCAUUCAGGGAUUUGGCUGUAGCUGUUGUCAUGUUCUCUGUUGUAUUAUAUGUUCUCUGUUCUUUUUUCUUAUAUAAACUUCUGUUAGACAAA